AACGAAACACAAGCUCCUCCGAUCACCUGACUGGAAGUGUGAUGCUGUCCGAAGGCUUUUCUACACGGAGACUCAAAUAACUGUGUUUUCAAUAAUGCUUUAUUAAAACUAUUUUCAGUUUUAAUAGAUUACUUAGUAGUAUACUGAAGUGACUUGUAUAAUCGGACGCUCUCCGUGAUCAUUUGAGCAGUCAUGACAGAGUUCUGGUUGAUCUCUGCUCCUGGAGAGAAGACCUGCCAGCAGACAUGGGACAAGAUGAACACGGCCACAACCCAGACCAACUUGUCCACUAACCACAAGUUCAACAUACCUGAACUGAAAGUGGGAACUCUGGAUGUCCUUGUUGGGCUGUCAGAUGAGCUUGCCAAAUUGGACUCUUUCGUAGAGAGCGUAGUGAGGAAAGUGGCCCAGUACAUGGCUGAUGUGUUAGAGGACAGUCGGGAUAAAGUUCAGGAGAAUCUUUUGGCCAGUGGAGUUGAUCUGGUCACAUAUGUUACACGGUUCCAGUGGGAUAUGGCCAAGUAUCCAAUCAAACAGUCCCUUAAGAACAUCUCAGAGAUCAUGUCCAAGCAAGUGAGUCAGAUUGACAAUGAUCUCAAAGCCAGAGCUUCGGCUUAUAAUAGCCUAAAAGGGAACCUUCAGAGUCUGGAGAGAAAGAAUGUAGGGAGUCUUUUGACUAGGAGUUUGGCUGAUAUAGUCAAGAGGGAUGAUUUUGUUCUGGACUCGGAAUACCUUACUACUCUACUUGUAGUUGUUCCAAAGACUAGUUAUCCUGACUGGCAGAAGACGUAUGAAACUCUUUCUGAAAUGGUGGUUCCAAGAUCCACAAAGGUUUUAUUUGAAGACCAAGACAGUGGGUUGUUUAGUGUUACACUCUUCAGGAAGGCUAUUGAUGACUUCAAACUCAAAGCAAGAGAAAACAAGUUCAUGGUGCGUGAUUUUCAGUACAAUGAAGAGGAGAUGAAAGCAGACAAAGAGGAGAUGACUCGCCUCUCCACUGACAAGAAAAAGCAAUUUGGUCCUUUGGUGCGUUGGCUUAAAGUAAACUUCAGUGAGGCUUUCAUCGCAUGGAUACACAUCAAGGCACUCCGGGUUUUUACGGAGUCAGUCUUGAGGUAUGGGCUGCCAGUCAAUUUCCAGGCCAUGCUGCUUCAGCCAAACAAGAAGAAUGUAAAGAAACUGAGGGACGUUCUGCAGGACCUUUACAAACACUUGGACAGCAGUGCUAAUGUUAUUGAUGCAUCUAUGGACAUCCCGGGUCUGAAUCUCAGCCAGCAAGAGUACUAUCCGUAUGUUUACUACAAGCUCGACUGCAACCUCCUUGACUUCAAAUAGAAUUCAAAUUCCAAUGCACCAUUCCAUCCUGCAUCACAGAGACUAAACCCAAUAAUUUAUUAAACACUUACUGUUUAUCUUUACUUUUUUUUUUUUUACCUCUCUGUUAGUACCUUCCUCUCACUGCCUCAUUCCUUUAUCAUUCCUGCAGAUCACUAUUUCAAAUAAGAGGUCUCAGAAUCUCACUAUCUGUGUUAUUGGUUUAGUUUGUUUACAAAUGAAGGAUUUUCAGGGGUUUUAAAAUCUGUCCUUUGAGGGCAUGAGUGGUCCAACACUGAACACUCGUCUUUUGCUGAGCCCAUAAUGGCUGUGCAUUCUGUUGUUUUUAAUUUUCUGUUGAAGCUUACUCUGUGCCAUGUGCAGGUAAUGCAGUGAUUAUGUUUAAUUGUGUUGUUGAGAACCACUGUGUGUGUUUGUCUGUGUUUGUGCUUCUGCUGUGAGAUUAAAUGUAUUUAUGUUGCUGGAAAAGGUGAAAUACAUGAUCAAAUGCUGAAUGUAAAGACCAAUCAAAGUCAAUAAAAUUAUAGCACAUAA